GUUGAUGUUUGUCUAAAAUCGAUUUUUUCAGCAAGAAAUCGAGAAACUGGAACGAUGCCCAGCAAAAACUGUGCCAAAAACCUUCACGCAUGUCAAUGGGAGAGAGACAUUGCUUUGGUAUUUCUUGGACUAAUGGUUCUUUUCAACAUUGGACAAGUUGUGUACAUGAACAGAGCACGACUCUACAGACUCAUUCGUCGAGGAGCAGAACAAAUUCCAGCUGAUGAUGAGGAGCCAAUCAUCGGAAUUAGAGACUAGAGCUUUGAUUUGCCCACUUUCUUCGUACAACUUCUGCCAGCAAUUAUUUAACGAAAAAACUAAAACUUUGUUCAUUCCGCGCUCAACUAAACCUCUUCGUUCAAUUAAUUAACAAUCAACUUUUUUGGUAUAAUUGUCACAUGCCUUGCAUAGUUGUACUCUGUGAUUCUCAACUUAUCAGGAUGAUGUAAUGCAAACUGAUAAUACCCGUUUUUUCUCUCUCCUGUCAAUAAAUCGUUGCUCUGAUGCCACCUUGAA